GCAUUGGAGCUUUUAUAUUUAGUCUUCAUUGGCUUACCCAUACUAUAGUGUAAAGAAGCCACUCUAGCUUAGCUACCUCACUUUAGCUCCCCCAAAAUGCAGCGAUUGUCGGCAGCGUUACCACUCUCACUAUUCCUCCUCCUCUGCUUCUCCGCCGCCGCAAAUGGCUUCAACAUCACUCGAAUCCUGGCCAAACACCCCGAGUUCUCAACCUUCAACCACUACCUCACCAUAACUCACCUCGCCGGAGAAAUCAACCGCCGCAUGACCAUCACCGUCUGCGCCGUCGACAAUGCCGGCAUGAGCGACCUCCUCGACAAGCACUACUCGCUCUUCACCAUCAAAAACAUCCUGUCCCUCCACGUGUUCGCCGAUUACUUCGGAUCUAGAAAGCUCCACCAGAUGAACCACGGCACCACGCUCACCGCCACCAUCUACCAGGCCACCGGCGAGGCCCCCGGCACCGCCGGAUACGUCAACAUCACCAGCCUCAAGGGCGGCAAAGUCGGAUUCGCCUCCGAGGACAACGACGGUCAUUUCACCUCCACUUACGUCAAAUCUCUCCUCGAAGAGCCGUACAAAAUCGCCGUGCUCCAGAUCAGCCACGCCAUUAUCUCUCCCGCCGCGGAAGCCCCGGCCGCGGGGCCCACCGAUGUGAACUUAACGACUUUAAUGACGAAACAAGGAUGCAAAAAUUUCGCGGAUCUGUUAUCCGCGGCCGGCGCGGAGGAGACUUUCACGUCAAAUGUCCAGACUGGAUUAACCGUUUUCUGUCCUGAAGAUAAAGUCGUUGAGGAUUUCAUGCCGAAGUAUAAAAAUCUGACGAAAGCGAAGAAGCUUUCGCUUCUGUAUUACCAUGGCGUCCCGAUCUACCACUCCCUCGCGAUGCUGAAAUCCAGUAACGGCCUAGUCAACACACUCGCGACGGAAGGAUCCAAUAAGUACGACAUCACCGUCAAAAACGACGGCGAAACCGUGAGCCUCGACACCAAAGUCGUGACGGCGACGAUCACCGGAACUAUGUACGACGAGGAGCCGCUCGCGCUGUUCAAAUUGGACAAGGUUUUGCAGCCGAGACAGCUUUUCAAGGCGGCGGCGGCGGAGUCGCCAGAUGAAGCUCCGGCGCCCAAGGGCGCCAAGAAGAAGAAGAGCAGCAAAAGCGGCGCCGUGGACGACGGAGAUGACGGAGACGCGCCGGAGCCAAGCUCGGACGACGACGAGCCGGCGGAUGAUACCGCCAGUGAUAAGAAUGGGGGCUCGGCGGUGAUUGUCGGUGGAUGGGUUAUGAGGGUAUUUUUGGCAUUGUGCGUGGGUAGUUUUGUCAUAAUUUCUUGAGGGACCAUUAUUAUGUCAAUUAUUAUAUUGUUAUAAACAUGUGAGUUAUCAUCUGCAUCAUGACACCUAGCUUCCUAAAUAUUGCAUAUAGAAAAUUAUUAUUUUGGGUCCCACAAAAAAAGAGAGAUCAAAUAAUGAUUUGAUUUUCGUUUGGAGUUUUUCAUAGUUUGAAUGUAAUUUUUUUUUUUUUUUGGGUUGAACAAUAAUUGCAUCUUUCUUUCUUCCUUUUGUAAUUAUUACUUUUGUAUGAUACAUAAAGUCGUGGUGAGUUGUGGUCA